AUGGACGAGCACCUCAGCCUCCUGCGCUCGCCGCCGCCGCCGCCCUCCGCCCGCCACCGCGCCCACCCGCCGCAGCACCCCGCGAGCGGCGGCGGCGGCGGCGGCGCCCAUACGCUGGUGAACCCCGGCUACGCAGAGCCCGCCGCGGGCCCCGAGCUGCUGCCGGACAUGACGGUGGUGCCCGGGGACCACCUGCUGGAGCCGGAGGCGACCGACGGCGGCGGGGACCCGCCUCAGGGCGGCUGCGGUGGCGGCGGCGGCUGCGACCGUUACGAGCCGCUGCCGCCCGCGCUGCCCGCCGCCGGCGAGCAGGACUGCUGCGGGGAGCGCGUGGUCAUCAACAUCUCGGGGCUGCGCUUCGAGACGCAGCUCAAGACCCUCUGCCAGUUCCCGGAGACUCUGCUGGGCGACCCCAAGCGGCGCAUGAGGUACUUCGACCCGCUCCGCAAUGAGUACUUCUUCGACCGCAACCGGCCCAGCUUCGACGCCAUCCUCUACUACUAUCAGUCCGGGGGCCGAAUCCGCCGGCCGGUCAAUGUGCCCAUUGACAUCUUCUCCGAGGAGAUCCGCUUCUACCAGCUGGGCGAGGAGGCCAUGGAGAAGUUCCGCGAGGACGAGGGCUUCCUGCGGGAGGAGGAGCGGCCCCUGCCCCGCCGAGAUUUCCAGCGCCAGGUGUGGCUGCUCUUCGAGUACCCGGAGAGCUCUGGGCCGGCCCGGGGCAUCGCCAUCGUGUCCGUGCUCGUCAUCCUCAUCUCCAUCGUCAUCUUCUGCCUGGAGACGCUGCCCGAGUUCCGCGAUGAGAAGUACUACACCGCCUCGCCGUCGCAGGAGCUGUUCGAGACGGCCAGCAACAGCACGUCGGGGGCCCCCGCGGGAGCCUCCAGCUUCUCGGAUCCCUUCUUCGUGGUGGAGACUCUGUGCAUCAUCUGGUUCUCCUUUGAGCUGCUGGUGCGGUUCUUCACUUGCCCCAGCAAAGCCACCUUCUCGCGAAAUAUCAUGAACCUGAUAGACAUUGUGGCCAUCAUCCCUUAUUUCAUCACUCUGGGCACCGAGCUGGCUGAGCGACAAGGCAAUGGACAGCAAGCCAUGUCCCUGGCCAUCCUGAGGGUCAUCCGCCUGGUGAGGGUCUUCCGCAUCUUCAAGCUCUCCCGCCACUCCAAGGGGCUGCAGAUCCUGGGGCAGACGCUGAAGGCUUCCAUGCGGGAGCUGGGGCUGCUCAUCUUUUUCCUUUUUAUUGGGGUCAUCCUUUUCUCCAGCGCGGUUUAUUUUGCGGAGGCAGACGACCCCACUUCAGGUUUUAGCAGUAUCCCUGAUGCCUUCUGGUGGGCUGUGGUAACCAUGACGACCGUAGGUUACGGUGACAUGCACCCAGUGACCAUAGGGGGCAAGAUUGUGGGGUCACUCUGUGCCAUCGCUGGUGUCUUGACCAUUGCUUUGCCAGUCCCUGUGAUUGUUUCCAACUUCAAUUACUUCUACCACCGGGAGACAGAAGGGGAAGAGCAAGCCCAGUACUUGCACGUGGGAAGUUGCCAGCACCUCUCCCCUUCAGCCGAGGAGCUCCGGAAAGCGAGGAGUAACUCGACUCUAAGUAAGUCGGAGUAUAUGGUGAUCGAAGAGGGGGAUAUGAACCAUAGCGCUUUCCCCCAGAUCCCCUUCAAAACGGGCAAUUCCACGGCCACCUGCACCACGAACAAUAAUCCCAACUCCUGUGUCAACAUCAAAAAGAUAUUUACCGAUGUUUAA